AUCUCAGACCCAACUGAUCCUACACUGAUACAGGGUCCUUUUCCUUGUGAAAGCAAAACUCUACUACUUGUUUUGUUGUUAUACUCAGUGUUGAGGACUAUUUGUUAGUAUGAGUGUGCUUUCUCAGCAGUUGUCGUUUCGUGCCAGACACAAACUGGCUCAGGUCUUAGACCAGGAGAAUGUUCUGGGCUCCGAUUGGAGGACCCUGGUGGAACUAAUGGGUUUCACAUAUGAGAUGGUAAUGCUGUUACGUGCUAAGAAUUCUCCCACGAUGUCGCUACUGGAGGAAUGGGAGUUACGUGAAGGUAAUGGGGCUACACUUGAGUCUCUAAUAGUAAUGAUGGAGGAAUUAGAGAAUGUAUCUGCACUGCAAGUACUACAGCAAGUCAAGGAAUCUAUUCAUGAUAGGCCUCCUCCAAGGUCUCCUUUGUCUCCACUUAAACCCAAUUCCUGUUCUUCAUUUUCAAGUGAUCCUGUGGAGAGAAGUAGUACAAUGGUAGCUCCGGCUGGAAGACAUUGUGUUCCCUCACUCAAGCCUUACGUAGACCCAGUUAACCUACAACAUCGGAAUGGCAGUGCUAGCACCAAUAGCAGUGAUUGUGAACAUGUACAGAAACAACUCUCUUCUCUCUCUCUUGAUCAUCAAAAUGGCGAUUACAAUAAAAAGGAAGGCAUUGGUGAUGAUGGUGGUGGUAUUGAAGUCAUGAUAAGGGACAGGUCUCUUUCUGAUCUUGAUCGUAGUUUAUUGAUUGACGGAUCCGAUUUUGAUAUUUUCUUGUCGUUUGCUCCUGCAGAUGCUGAGUUUGCUGAUGAAAUGAGACUAAGAUUAAUAAAUAGAGCUGGUAUCAGUGUAUACAUUGCAUCUGAAGGUUUGAUGCCCGGUCAGUCCUUCAUUGAUGAGGUAGCUGAUAAAAUAAAAAGAGGAUGUCGCAAAACUAUCAUAAUCCUAUCACCCGACUAUAACCAGUGCUCUUGGUGUAAUUAUGAAGCUCGUCUUGCACACCAUAAGAAUCCAGAUCCAAAGAGACAUACUCUCAUUCCUAUUGUGUACAGAAAGUGUGAAGUGCCUGAUUUCAUGUCUCACCUCUUCUAUCUCGACUUUUCUCGAUAUAAGGACGACCACAGACAAUGUGAGAAAUAUUUUUGGGACAGACUCUACAAAUCUGUGAGACACCAGCAGCCCGGGCACACUUAGUACAGUUCCUUCUGAUUGUGUGCCAAUGGAUUAAAUUCUUAUUUUCUAAUUUCUAAUAUUCUCCAAUUCUAAACUUAAUUUUUAACGAAUGUUGUCUCUUAUUUUUCAGUUUGUAUGUGUGUGUGUGUGUGUUGUGCUGUACUAAUACCUUUUAUGUGGAUUGUGAUGAUACAGCAUGUCAUGACUUUGACAAUUAACAAACUUCCCUAAUA